AUGUAUUCUAAGCUGUGUGUGUUUUCCUGCCACACCAGCACCUUCUUGAGACAAUGGUUACCAGUCAGACACUCUGGGUCAGAGCCGGGGAGGCAUUGCCCCCCUUGUUCCUCUGCCUGCGACCUGAACAAUUGUGUUGACCCCAGCCUAAAGCAGCAAAAGGCUGACACCGUGGAUGGGCAAAUCAUUAGCCAGCUCCAGCGGAUAAGUGUGGAGGACUCAGUGCCGCCUUUCAAUACAGAGAUGGAUGCAGAGGAGGUGAGACUGAGAACCUACCAGAACUGGCCGGCUGGUAUCCCGAUCCAACCACAGCAACUGGCCCAUGCUGGUUUCUUCUACACUGGUCACCGUGACAAUGUGAAAUGUUUUCACUGCGAUGGAGAACUCCGAAACUGGGAGCUGGGAGAUGAUCCAUGGAUGGAGCAUGCAAAAUGGUUUCCACGAUGCGAAUACUUAAUCCAGAUGAAAGGGAGAGAUUAUGUGAACAGGAUUCAGGAACUACAUUCCCACAUCACCGAGUCAGCGGUCGGAUCGCAGCCACAAACAUCUCCCAGACAAGGUGCGUGUUUUCAACUACAGUCUCUCAGCUCAGUUCAUCAGAAAUCAGUUGUGAGAAGCCAAUAA